ACUAACCACAACAUCGAAUAACUUUGUCAUAGCACACUGCUGAGAGCUGCAGAGUCGCCGCGCAGUCAGUUUGAGAGUAGACGCUGAGGCCGCGCUACUGUUUCUGUGCUUCGUACUGUGACAAAGUUCUAAACUCAAUAUGGCAAACAUACUCGAUGUCUCGACAGAGGACAACCUCCAGUACCAAUUCUUCCCGCUGUCCAACGGAUCAGUCACUUUCCAGGUCAAAGCGGCCAACGACGCUCACAUAGCCCUGACUCAGGGCCCACAGGAGUCCGACCCUAUGUAUGAGAUCUUCAUCGGAGGUUGGAGCAACGCAAAGAGCGUCAUCAGGAAGAACCGGACAAAACCCGACGUGGUCGAGAUCGAGACUCCCGGUAUCCUAAGCGGGUCCGAAUUCCGCGGCUUCUGGGUCAGAUGGGACAGCGGCAUCAUCUCCGCCGGGCGAGAGGGCGAGGCCAUCCCCUUCAUCUCCUGGACCGACCCCGAACCAUUCCCCGUCGCAUUCGUAGGAGUCUGCACCGGCUGGGGAGCCACCGGUACCUGGAAAAUCGAAGAUGGAGCUCCCUUCGAAACUGAGGACAAAUUAGAGUAUAAAUUCGGGCCCGUCGUCGCCGGAUCUCUGGAAGUCGACUUCCGUGGCCCCAGCAACUGCCACGUGUGCUUGUCUAACGUACCGGCCGAAAAUGACACCAUGUACGAGUUUAUUAUCGGCGGCUGGGAGAACACCAAGUCUGCCAUCAGAUACUGCAGGCAGAAGCCCGACAAGGCUGAAGUGCCGACGCGGGACAUACUGAACGCCGAUGAGUUCAGGAAGCUGUUGAUCGAGUGGAAGUGUGGCAGGUUCCUGGUGCGUGAUGGAAGCUCUGGGGCUGUCAUCAUGGAGUGGACGGACGCUACUCCCUUCCCUGUGACCCACUUCGGAGUCAGGACAGGGUGGGGCGCGCGCGGACAGUGGCGCAUCAGGCACUUCUAUGGACCGGGCCAGCAGCAAAUCGCUGCCCCGUCAGCACCAGUAGCCUACGCCACGCCGGCCGGCUACCCUGGAGCGGCCAGUGCUGGUGGAGCCCUAGUCUGGGCCGACGCAGCAGGCGGCCAGGUGCCCCCGGGCGCCGUGGUGGGAGGUCAAGACUGUUCGGGCGAGCCCCUGUACGUGGCCAGGGCGCCGCAUGAGGGAGCCAUCAUUCCUGGAAAGCUGGUCGGCUCGCACGGAUGCGCUUACAUUCCUUGGGGAGGAGCUGAGCACGGAAAGUCGGAGUACCAGGUGCUAGUCGGUGGGCCCAACAACUGGGUGCCCACUAGUGGGUCCAGCAUCCCCCCCGGCGCCUUCCCGGCCGGAGAGUCUGAGGAUGGAGAGCCGCUCUUCAUCGGCAGGGUCAGCCACGAAGGCAGCAUGACCACCGGCAAGGUGCAACAAUCACACGGCGUCUGUUACAUCUCAUUCGCUGGACAAGAACUGGGAUUCCCCGAAUACGAAGUGCUUACUGCUUAAGUUUUAGAAAGAUCGGCCUACCUACCUACUACAUUGGAAUAACGAUUAGUAGUAUUUGAUGGAAAAUGUAAACCUUUAUGUAAACGUUAAAUCUCAAAGAUUUUCCAAAAUAUAGAGCGCUUUGCUUGUUUCAUCGCACAGCACUGCAUAAUUUUGUAUCGCAUAAUUUAGUCGUCAUAAUUAUAACUAUUUGAAUAAGUUAUGAAACUUAUUAUGUUGCUAUAUUUUAUAUUUUAAAAAUAAAUAAUUUAUUUAGUA